AAAAUGAAGGACAGACGUGACGUUGGCUGUGUCUCAUUAAUAUCUCUGGUUUUCAGGUGGGUGGAACAGUAAAUUAAACCAGAUGUCAUUGAUGUACAAGUGAACCGCUUUGGCCCCAGUGUUGACCCCUGGGGUACGCCACACAUAAUAUUUAAACAUGCAGAUGUGUGUUCUCCUAGCUUUACAUAUUGCUUCCUGUCAGGAGUAACAAUCCGACGUUGUGUACUCACCGCAGAGGAAAAAAGCCACAAGCAGGUGACGGUCAGCUUCCAACACAAAGGCUUCAUCUUGGACCGGCAAACAUCCGUUCAGUGGACUCAAGGAGGAUGCUUUCACUGAGAGCCUCCAGAAGAAGUACAGGACAUUCUGCAAUGAGACCCCCCCCCCCCCCCCCCUACUUCUACUUCUCCCUCAACGAGCACACAUACAGUCCACACACAUCUCUGGUGUGCUCAGUCUGACAGCAACCCACUGUCAUUGAAAACAUUUAAAACCACCAUGAGCCUGCUAAAGUGGAUUCAUCCAAAUAAGAGGAUUUGUACAAAUGAUACUGACAAGUCAGCUAAUAUUCUGACAAAUCCUAAACAUCCAUAUUCGUGGAAAGUCAUUACAUUAGCAACAACCAGACAAGGUUUUUUAAAAAGCUGGACAUAUAACUAUAAUGUUAAAAAAAUUUAAUUGAACUUUUCUUUCAAUUAAUGUUAAAAUCUCAUCUUGUCUCAGACCCAAUCUGAUGUGAUCAGAUGUGACAUAACUGGAGCCUAUCCCAGCUGUCUUCGGGCGAGAGGCGGGGUACACCCUGGACCGGUCGCCAGCCAAUCACAGGGCACAUAUAGACAAACAACCAUUCACACUCACAUUCAUACCUAUGGACAAUUUGGAGUCGCCAAUUAACCUAGCAUGUUUUUGGAAUGUGGGAGGAAACCGGAGUACCCGGAGAAAACCCACGCAAAACAUGCAAACUCCACACAGAGGGUGGGAUUGAACUCGGGCCUCGUAGCUGUGUGGUCUGCGGCCUAACCACUCAACCGCCGUGCAGCCGGGAGAAACUAUAUAUAAUAGUAUAACAAUAUACUGUAAUGUAUAAAAAAGGUAUACCAAAUGUAUAAACAUGUACCAAUAUGAGUUUUAAAUAAUUAGUUUUCUGAUUUUUUAAACCUUAUUAAUAAGUAUACAAAACAGUAGCAGAAGCCAAAAAGCUAAAAAAAAAAAUUCUAAUAACAUGACACAUCACACCCACUCUGCUGUGGUUGGUCACACUUCCGAGGGCAUAAGAAACACUUUUUGUUACUUGAGUAGACUAUAAGCUGGAUACAGUGUUCCACGUCUUUCAGAAAAAUUUAAAUUUAUGAAUGAAAAAUUUGGCCAAAAAAUAAUUAACAGAUUUUUAAUUUUAGAAUGCUCUGUUAUUCAUUCUUAGAACACAUUUUCACAUAGCAAAACAAAAUCAUCAUCAAAGUCCAUUAUCAAUAAUGAAUCUGUGUUUUUUUGGAGAGUGGGCAGUACCAAAAAAAGAUGUAAACCAGUCUCUGGGUGGUCUCCACAAAAAGAUCAGUCCAUAUUAAUAGUUCUCAUAAAUUUGAUCAUGUAGUGAUUAGAAGGGUAAUAUUUGUCAAUAAUUCUGAAGGAUACUUUCUUAAUCUUGUUAGUCAUUAAGAAUUUACGUCAUUAAGUAGUGCGGCAUCAUCCACAACUUGUUCCAGUCAAUGUCAUACACUCGUUGCAUCUGAGCAAGGCAUUAACAGUGGCCCUGCUGUGACGUCAACUUCCUGUUUCCUCUGGUGGCCAGGGGCAGCAUUACAGCGUCAGCCUCCAUUUUCUUCAACCAUUCAGAGAAGGAGUCAUUAGUUUUAGCUUGAGCUCACAAACACAAUUGAAAUAGUGUAGAAAGAGGUGCAGAAUCUGGAAGAUCUAGAAAUAUUUGUAGAUCUACUAUAGCUGUCCACAACUCGAUACAAAGCGACAAAAAUUAGCAUAAUAGCUCCCCUUUAAGAAUUGCUGGAUUAUUACCUAGUGUGCGCAAUGCUUUGUGGGUAAUGCAGUGUGAAGCAAGUGGAGUAGUUCAUGUUUCCAGUAAAAUGUGGGCUUCUCACAUAACAUGAAGGAGUUCACAUUCAAGUUCUUUAUUUACAAACACGUUGUGCUUGUGAAUGAAAGCAUUUUACAUUGUGAUUCUGUCCUAGUCCAGCAGGUAGCAGUGGUGCUACUUUUACAGACGCCAACAAACACCACCAUAUGAAAUAAUUGUCAACAUUCGGACUUUUUAUAGUCGAAAACUUACCCUGCGUUUUGUUAAUAGCAAACACCAUUAGUGACAACAAAAGCUAUGGUAUACAUGGUAUGUCAGUAUACAUUUUUCCACAUAUUAGAAGGCUUUUUGGUGGAGUUGUAGAAAUGAUAAAAGUAAUACUUUACCACAUCAAGUCAGACAGUAUGAUAUCUUUUGACCUAUACUAUUGAAGUGUUUUUUUAUUAUUAUUUUUUAGGUCACAGUGAUCUCUUGUAGCAGAUUAAAGGGGAAGUACCCCAGCUUGCGUCCAGUGCUGACCUUCAAGUAACCACCUUUCUCAUCCCCUUUCUUCACCACAAUCUGAAAGGCAGGAAGACAACAUCACACAGCCUGAUAGCUUCCCUGUGUGUCACAGUAAGAGUCAGUCAUCAAUAUUUCCAUGAAGGCUGUUGAUUUUCAUCUUCCUCCUCCUCCAUCAUCAUGAGCAUCUUGAGAAAAAAAAUACUUUUGAUUGUACUACCGCUUAUUGUACAUGUUAUUAAUUUGAGCAUCUCCCUCGCUUACAUUUUUUUUGUCAUUUUCAUUCUUUUUGCGCUCCUUGUUGGCCAUGAUGACGCCCACUCUCAGUGUGUCAAAGACAGGGUCGUUCCUGUUGGGAUUGUCUGCUCAGAAGAGAUGAUAGGGAUAUUAUUGUUAUUACUACGCUCCAUAGGCACAAUGUGUUUUAUGUUUGGUUGAAUGUUGGGUGGACCCACUUGGAUCUGGUUGGUCACUGCCAUACAGAGGAGAGCUGUAGGCCCGUCUGAAGCCGGGGGGCUAAAAAGAGCAACAGCAACAAAAGAUUUUCUCCCAGUCUGUGUUUGCCAGUGCCCUGUACUUUGCUAUGGUUUGUUGGUCGUGAAGCACCAGCAAAAACAACAUAAACCAGAUGGACAAACUGAUCUGGAAAGGCGAACAAGAAUUCUCUAACAGACUCCUGCAGUUCCGUUCACACAGUAAAUGCUCCAUGACGACAACCACAGAAAAGGAAAUUGAACUUAUUGUGGGGAGAGGUUGCACUGACCCACAGACACGGACACGCUGCACUUGUGCACUUGACCCAAACUAUUCUAAGAGAUUUUCCACCCUGAUUUCCAGGUCCAAGUGCUCACCAUCUUCAUUUCAGCUCAGCUUCUCUGAUGUGAACCGAAGACAACACAUCUGCAGGAUUGCCUGGGGGGCACUUUUGGACACUAAGUUUUAAGUGGCGCGCUUCUAACCAACCACCAGCAUGUUCACCCGGCAGUUGAUACCCUAGCCAAACCUGAACCUGGCUUCUCAAAGAUGACAAGCUACUGGAAGGCUGCAGCGACAAAAUGAUGGGAGGCAGUGACACAGGCAGUGGGGACAAGGAAGGGGCGGUCACCACUGCGAUCCACAUCCCCAUUGGCUGGCAGAGGAGAGCGGAUGGCGGCCAGGUGGUCUAUGUCAGUCCCAGUGGCACUUCCCUGUCCUCCCUGGAUGAGGUGAAGACCUAUCUGUUGACUGAUGGAACCUGUAAAUGUGGUCUAGAGUGUCCACUUGUCAUCCACAAGGUUUUCAACUUCUCCGUGGGAGUGAGGGUUGAGCAGCACAAGCAGCCUUUAGGCAGAGCAGAGCAGGACAUGACCAAAUUGUGCAACCAUCGCAGGAAAGUGGUGGCAAUGGCCGCCCUGUGUCGCAGUAUGCAGGCGUCACAGCUGCCCUUUACCCACCUUCAACAGCCAGAGGUUAGCAGUGGAAUGGACAGUUGGAAUCCAAAGAGGGCUCUUGGUGAGCGUGACGAAGAGGACCGGGGCGUUGACCAUCCCAAACUCCGUCCAGCUCCUGCUCGACCGCAGACUGGCGCACACCCGAACCCCUGCGCCAGCCCUACUUCCUCCCACCAGUUUAUUUAUCCUUACAAUGGUUCCUCACCAGGUCCCCACACAGGCACAAACUCCCCGCAUUCCCUGGAUGCUUUGCGAAGGAUUCAGCAUCAUCCCCUUCCUCUAUCCAUGCCCGCUGCCUCUUCCACCCACCCCUCAUUUGCCGCUGCCCAAAGGUCACCACGCACUCCCACCCCUCAAGGUCAAAGAACGCCCAAAACCCCCGAAACCCCUGCUUCCCCUCGGCUAAGGCCUCUAUCGUCACCUCCUUCAUCAUCACCUAAUAGCUUUGUAGUAGGAGGAAGAGUAGCACAGAGUCAAGGUCAACAUGGGGUCACAAGUGGAGGCUCUCCUCUCUCCCCAUCUCCCAUACUCUCUCCCUCUGUCCAGAACAUGAAUUGUGUGUCUCCACAUCAGCGGUCCCGCCAUCCUUCGGCCUCUCCUUCUCCUCUCUCUGAGCAGGGUGUAGGUUGUGGUGCAGCAGCAGAAGGACCGACGGGGAGUAAUUUACCACAAAGGAAGAAGUCUUGCUCCUCCUCUCCUCACUCCCCUCUCCCUUGCCGGUCCCCGAAUCCCAACCCUAACCUCUCCAAGUUCAAGCUGGAGGACAUCUUGGAACAUUUUAAGAACUCUGGCAGCAAUAGCACUAAUAACCACCACCUCUCUCCGAGCCCCAACUUACUGACCAACCGAAGCAGUAGCAGCCCUCAUGCCCCCUCUCUGAAACCCUCAAAGGGCACAGCGAGUCCCAGCACAGGACCACUAGGUUUUGCCUUGAACGCUGCGGGGCUGCCCGUCGGGCCGUUUGUGAACCACCACAGCCACCAGGGCAAGCUUCUGCCGCCGACAACUUCCUUUCCUGCAAGUAGUCUCCUCUCGGCAGCUGCGAAGGCUCAGCUCACAAGCCAGGUGACCCUGAGCCAAGGUCAAAUGAGCUCACCCCCGCCCUCCCUGGAAUUCUUGACAGAAGCGCAGCAAAAACAGUCGACAAACGUAACAAACGGCACUUUACAGAACAGCCAUCUUACCCUUUCCACCGCUGCCACGAGGCCUCAUUAUCCUUCCCUCGCAGCAGCCUCUUCUGUCCUCUUCCCUUCGUCCCAAUCCCUGGCCCAAUCCCUGGCUUCUACCUUGCCGCACCUGCCUCCCAAAGCGGAGCGCAAUGCAUCGCACAGGAAGAGGCAGCGGCGAUCUCCUACCGUGCUCAGCAUGAUCAGAGACACCCAGAAGCUGACCAACAGGCCACCGCGGAAAACCCCGCCAGGAGACUGCAUCCCGGCUACCGCUAUGAACCUGUCAUCCGCGGCUUUCCCACACUCUUCCUCUACCUCGGAUAGUGUCACGUCUGAGCACCAUCAUCCCACAUCCAAGCUCUCGGCUCCCAGACAGACGGCGCAUCUUUCCCCGCCUCCUCCACGACAAUGCCAGGCUGUUGAUGUCACUACAGGCCUGGUGCCACCCCACCUUGCUGUGGCUCCUCCAACCCAGCCCCUUUCUGCUUUCUUACACCUGCUCAGUGUACAGAAUGCUCACGCCUCGGCUUCUAAUCCUGUUGAAGGGAGUGAACACACUAAGAUGCAGAGACUCUCACCCGGUUCUGUUACCCCUCAUUUCGGUGUCAACAACCCCCCGCCUUCGUCGCCGUGCAGAACCAACAACACUAACACAACACUAUUGGUUCAAAAGGCACUUUCUCCCCCUCGCACCUCUGUUCAUUUCAGAUCAGUGCAUUCACAAUCUGAGCCUGUGAAGUCUAGUUCUCUACAAAGACAUUCUCCUACGUCCUCCGUGCCGUCGCCAUCAAAUUUAGCUUUACAUAGCCGCAGCCCGUCUCGGCAUAUGACCCCAUUAGACAGGCAUCAACCAACCGAGAAUCACAUUUCCACACCUGACUCGCGGGUGCUUUCGCAGGAAGCAAUGCCGACCGAGAUGAUGGUCAACAACGGCACAUCCACAGCUGAAUUGAGUCCCUCACAAGGCAGCGGCGUUUCUGUGGCACCGCCCACCUCGCCAAAGCCUCUUGAUCUUAGCAACCACGUUCUGGCCCUUCUCGCAGCGUCGUCUACUGCAUGCCAGGAGGACGGCAGCUCCUCUGAUCAUCUUGCAGAUGUAGUGAUGUCUUCCCAAGAAAAUCUCCUACCGGGCUCGGAGGAGUCUGGAUUUGUGGUCUCCAAGAGCCUCCCAUCAGCAAAACCUCUGGCGUCCACCAGCCCAGAGGCCGUUGUCUCCUCUCAGCUCGGGGAAGACAGUCCCGACACCCCCUCGGCUCUGAGCGACCCGACUGCCGCUUUACCUCUGGCAGAGGCCUUCCCUUUCAUGAACCAAGAACAACUGCUCCAGCUGUUGUCUUCCACAGGAGGCCUGCCAUCCAUCCUGGAUCCUGCAGUCCUGUCUUCGUUACACCUCGAAGGGUUGUGGUUGGGUGGGCAAAACGCACAGAUACCUCCUCCUGCUGCUGCAGUGCAGACUCUUUCCGAGCAGCAGCCAUUAUUGAUACAAGCAGAGGCGCAGCAGCACAGUCAGGAUCCGCAGCAACAGAAGCAGCAGCAGCAGCAGAUGAACGGCAGUCCUCUCUUUCCCUUGUUGCCCUUGUUAAGCAGCGUGCAAGGGGACUUACCUCUGAAUCUAUUGGGCCUUCUGAACCCAAUCCCGCCUCCUGUUUCAACCACAGGACAGGAAGCUGAUUUGGGUCUGACGGAGAAACCGAGCCUUCAGGCUCUGCUCAUGGCCUCCUUGCUGCUCGGGCAGCAGCAGGCGCCAUUGUUACCCCUCUCUGGACUCGGCCAGCUGGGUCAGGUCAGCUUGGAAGUUCCUCUCCAGCACCCGCCGCAGAUUCCCGCCACUUUGGAGGGCCUCACGCUAGACAAGACCGCCGGUCUUUUAGAUCCAACAGCUCUGCACGGAGCGGGGCUUUUGGAGGUUACCCAGGGACUUCCCCUCCCUCCUGGAGCGGAAGGAUCUAUUCAAGCUCUGCAGUCUCUGCUCCUUCCUGCUGCUCUUCCUCCUCACCCAACUACCUUCUUGCCUCUUAGCCCCGCCCUCCUCGCAGCUGCUCUGAAUGCAGCUGACCUAUCCCAUACUCAUUUGGGGCCUGCACAGCAAACCCAAAAUACCCAACCUCAGGAACUGUCUGAUGCUGGUGUGGACACCCUCAUCCCCCUUUCUCUCCAAGGCAAGGACAACCCCAUUCUCCAGCAAUUACUUCCCACUUUGCUCAACCCUGCCGUAUUAGGAGACAUUUCCUCCAUCACGGGGCUCCAUAACAUGGUGGGCAUCGGGGCUGGUUCAAUCCUACUACCCCCGGUUCAGACCUCAUCUUUGGGCAUGCCUCUUCUCCAAGGCCCUGAUGGAACCAUCAACUUGCUCAACAACGUACAGCUAAACCUUGCACCCUCCUCUGAAGAAAAGUCCAACCCCUUGCAGGUAGCACACAGUCCCGCCCCUCACGAAGACAUUCCAGCUACUCAGAUCUCUCCUGAAGGGGUUGCCAGUCCUGCUCGGACGCCGGCCCAAGAACCUAGCCAACCUUCACAGCGGGGGUCCGAGGGCAGGGCGGUAAUCGACCCCUAUACCUCUUUUAUGGACACAAUUUACAACUCCUUCCUACAAAUUAACGCGAAAGAGCAGGAAGAAGGGGUCCACUCUGGGCCAUCUGACCCGUCGUCACCUUUCUGUGCCUUACCGCCCGUCUCCUUCCCCAUGGAGCACGACACCCUCUCCACUCCGGCCCCCACUCAGCACCAGGCAAGUGCCCCCGUGUCCCUUAGUCCACGGCGGGCCUGCUCCCUGAGAAACCCUGACUUGUCACGACUCAGUUUAGAAGCGGCGGCCCACUCUCCGGCCCAGGGUACGCCCAAACCCACCGAGGAUGGGGCCACGUCCCCUUUGCAAAGAAAACCAGUCAUGGUGGAGGGACACACCCACCCGGAGCCACCUUUGCCAUCCAUAUACUUGGAGGAGGCAAAGACGGACUGCACCGGGCCGGCUGCUGCAGUGUGCCCCUAUGCUGAGGCAGGCGUGGAGAGGCAGGCGGGUUAUCUGAGUCCCAGUGACGGUUGCAGUAGGAGGCCCACUGGGGACUGUCCUGGGACUUUGCUGCACAGUGAGCAGGGAAGGGAACAAUCAGGAGCAGUGUCUGGAGCCCGACGAGGCAGAAAAAGGAAACAAACGCUGCAGAAUAUGUUGGAAGACUUCAGAGACGUGGAUGCCACCACGGCACUGGAGGACACGAAGGCAACGACGGCCCUCUUGAAGCCCGACACGUCGGCCCGUGGCAGGCGGAGGCGAGGGGCAAGGUCUCAGAGGCAGUGAAUAGUGGAGGUAUCUGUCCGUCUCAGCAAUCACAGGCACCGCUUCCGCCACUAUUGUCCCCGUCAUCUUUAAAACCUUUUUCUUAAAAAAAAAAAAAAUCCUCAAACUCAGCUGCACUAAUGAAUUAUGCUGUUGUCGUGUGAUCUGUUACUAUGGCAACCAGCAGGAGGGGGGGAAAAAGCAUAGGAAAAGAGGUCUAGUCUGAGGGCGUGUGGGGGGGGGGGGUCAUAGAGAACAAAAGUGGUUAUUUUCUCACUCUUCUAGGGUCUAGUUGAUGAAAUGAUGGUUGUUCGGUGACAUCAGAGGUCUCCUCAGUAUGUUAGCAUCAUAUCAUUUUUACACUUAAAACACACCGAAAAAGUAAGAAUACUCUUCUCAUCGAUGUUACUGUGAGUCAGGAUGAAGCCCAUCUACUUGAAUCAUGCUCUCUGUGGAAAAUGUGUGUGUGUGCGUGAGUGUGUGUGUGUGUCUUUUUUUAUAAUGUUGAUUGUGUAGGACACCUGUGCUAUUGCUGAGCCCCCUCACUGUCAAAACAUGCUUUUGUUGGAUUCAUUAAUAAAUGUAAUGAACUACUGUAAAUGCUCUAAUUAUAGCCAGGGUGGUUAUUUACCUAAAUUGGUAUUAUUAUGGGCUGGAAUCAGGCUGUAAUUGGUAACAGUUUUUUUUUUUUUGCUCUAAUAAUGAUUUUGAGUGCAUGAAAAAGUGGAAGGUAAAAAAUAGCUUGUUGUCACAAGCAGCAACAGAACCAAUGUUGAGUUAUAAUGCCAGUUGUACGAGUUAUAAUGACUUUAUUGUAAAUAACAGUACAGCAAGUAUAACAACAUUUUUAAAGUGAAUGCAGACAUAAACUACUCCUGAUACGUAAAUACAGUCACUGCCAUUUUGCCGGGUUAAUUUAAACCAAAAAAAAAUGACGUACAUCAGGAGGUUGUCUUCAGCUACUGUUAAUGCCAAUUUUGCAAGUUUUGGUCGUUAUUUGAUUUUGUAGAACCACUCAGCUGGUGCCUUUAGGGCACUGAAAUAAAGUGGAAGAAUGGAGGCACUAAUUUGAGCAUUUAUAGUUGAUCUUUUUUUUGUAAGAAAGGACACACUCCUAAUGUUUUCAGAUGGUGCUGAAACAAUAUUAGAUGUAUCUGUUUUUAGUUUCCUUUAUGCCAAUCAGUCACUUUAUAGCCAUUUAAUCAUAUUUUUUACUCUCCGUUAACAAAGCAGUACACCCCAUGAUUGAUUGAACAAACAGUAAGGAGUCUCAAAAAAAAAAAAAAAAGCUGAGAGCCAUGAUGUCUUAUGUGGAUUUGUGUUUUUUUGUCUAAAAACUGUAAAUUUUUGGUAUAAUGUCCUUUUCUGUUUGUCACCUCACUCAGACUACCCUUCCUUGACCUGACCUGAAAAAUACUGGCUGUAUUUAAACAACAACAAAAAAAAAAACACGAAAGGAAAAAAAAAAAGUGAAAAAGAAAGCAUAUUAUGCAAUUUCUAUACACUUGGAGAUGUGUACAUAUGUACAGUUAAUGUGUUUUAUUUUGAUUUUAUAUGGUUUUAGAAGAAAGAGAUGAGCAUACAAUUGUGAAUUUUUCCACCCUGGGAAUAUUUUUAUCAUUCUCCACAACCCCACACCCCCUUCCCUUUUGCUUUUAAUGCUUAUGUUUAAAAAGAGACAAAUUGUGGAAAGUAGCUUUCUUUUUUUUAUAUGGGAGUCUUUUUUUUAUUUAAUAUUAAACUAUUUACAGAAAAUCUUAUACUGUCUUGUUGCAAUCAUAUAACAAUGAGUUCUACACACUAAUAAUUAUGACUGUAUUAUGGCAAGUACAACAGAAAUGUUUUUUUAGAAAAAGAAAAGAAUUAUGUGCAUGAAAGUCCAGAAGAUGUCCAGCAGGAAAUAUUGUGGUUGUCUGUUUUACUCAAUUUUUUGAGUACUUCAAGUUUUUUUUUUUAAGUAUACAUUGACUAGAUUUUUUGCAGGUGCAACCAAUGUGGGCGGUGAGUAAAGUUUUCAUUACAAUUCUUCCUCUAGAAAAGGUUGAAAGUCUGAACAGAAAAUAUGGUCUGUUUUGUUAAAUUACAUUUUAGAAAAUAUAAACAAGUACAAUGAAAAAAUAUUUUAAUAUAUGCCCUACUGCAAUAUGCUAAUAUAAUUUCUACUAUGUUACACUAUACUGCACUCUGUGUGUAUGCUCGUGGCCCCGCCUCCACCCACAGGUUAUCCUCACGAGGGUCGCGGGGGUGCUGGAGCCUAUCC